AUGGAGGCUAUAGCAAAACACGAUUUCACUGCUACUGCGGAUGAUGAACUCAGUUUCAGGAAAAACCAGGUUCUCAAAAUACUUAAUAUGGAGGAUGAUAUGAAUUGGUAUAGAGCUGAAUUAGAUGGAAAGGAGGGUCUUAUUCCUAGUAAUUACAUUCAAAUGAAAAAUCACAGUUGGUACUAUGGUAGGAUAACAAGAGCAGACGCUGAAAAGCUUUUAGCAAAUAAACCAGAAGGAGGAUUCCUUAUAAGGAUUAGCCAAUCAAGUCCUGGAGAUUUUUCAUUAUCAGUGAAAUGUCCCGAUGGUGUCCAACAUUUCAAAGUACUAAGGGACGCGUCAAGCAAAUUCUUCCUAUGGGUUGUGAAGUUCAACUCGCUCAAUGAAUUAGUCGACUACCAUCGCACCGCCUCAGUCAGCCGCCUGCAAGACGUUAAACUUAGAGAUGUUGUGCCUGAAGAGAUGCUGGUACAGGCGCUGUACGACUUCACACCGCAAGAGGCUGGCGAGCUGGAGUUCAGACGGGGCGAUGUCAUCACUGUACUUGACCGCUCAGACCAGCACUGGUGGCAGGGCGAGAUUGCCCACCGGCGCGGCCUUUUCCCAGCGUCGUACGUGACGGCAUAUCACUCAUAG